AAUAGUCAAGGCGUCUGAAUACUUUCCGAAUGCACUGUAUCUGCAUGCUGCUGGCAGUCUGCCAACAUCUCAAAUGAAAGAGCACUUUGAACUGCUGCCAAGUUUGGAGGAAAAGAGGAGCUGUCAGGCCUGCUUAAUGUUGGCAGUUUGUACUUGGCAAGUCUCACCUUUUCCCAGAAUUCAUCUGUCUGGCAACUUGCCAGGUGCUUAGCGGAAGCAAAAAAUUAACCCCUGCGCUUGACUGUGUGGGCCCCGCAAAAUUUUCCACAAAGAGGGAGAGCGAGAGAGAGAGAUCAAGUUGGUGUGUGAGCAGCUCAGUGUGAGCAGCUCAGUGUAUGCAUGAGGGACCGUGGGGAUUGCACAGGAUCCUUUCAGGAAGGAGGGGAGCUCGAGGCUGGUACUCAGGCAGACAGUGUGUAGAGUUAUGUAUCUGGUUGUUUUUGAAGUCGUCUGAGGCAGAAUUAGCUGAUUUUAACAUUGCCGCGAUGUUGAGCUCUGCAGAUGAUAUUUAAACGACAGAACUACCACUUACAUGGAUGGAUAUAUGUUAGUUAGUUGAUGUGGCAUAGUUUUCUUAUAGGCUUAUGUUUUAAUUCUAUCCAUAUGUCUACAACACUUUUGCCACAUGCUUUUAGGAUCAUUCAGACCUUUUUAGAACUGGAAGAUUGUGCUCCACACUCAUCAGGCACAACUAUUGAUAGUGUUGGAGUAAAUGGAACAAACAGACUUUUCUCUUCCCCGGCCCAGGUCUUUAUCUGCUCCAAUUCUGUUGACUGAUGAUGGCUGCCUCUUUCAUUUGCCUGUCCUUCACAAUCCCUGGAGCACAAAUAAAGUGACAGUUGUCCACAUAACAACCUCAGCUGCUGCCUGCUGCUGGUAGUCAUAGAGCCUGAUCUGUCUGGCACAGACUGAAGGAAAAACACCAAUCCAUCUUUUCUUCUAGUCCUGUUGUUGUUUCUAGCUUCCCCCACCACUGUGUGGGCUGGGAGAAAAAGCAUGUAUUGCUGAUGAUUUUAUAUUGGGUAUAUAGUUAAGGAAGGCAGUUAAUAUGUUGAAGUGCAAUCAUUUAAUUUGGUCUGACUUUGCAUCAUACAUACGUCGCAUAUUUCAUAUACAGUGACAUCAGAGACAUUAUCAGUGUUUGUAAUUACAGUCUGUGCUGUACUCAAAACACAGUAUUUACAACUACUCACCAAUGUGCACACAGUACCCACUUAGCCUAAAAGCACGGUACAGUGAAAGCAACAUUGUUUUGGGAAAGCGGCGGCAUGGCGCUGACUCUUUCUUGACCGAGGCCAUACUUGGCCCCUUCUUGGCUGGACGGAGGGACCACACCACCACCACCAUGCAGUACUGUGCCAGCGGUAUGUGUAGACUGCAAUAUAUGACUUUUCUUCCUCCCUCCCUCUGCUGCCUUACGUUGUUUUUCUUCCCUCUCUCGUCUUCCAGUUGUAUAAAGGAAAAUUCUGCUCGCCUGCCUACUGGGUGUUGUUAAUCAGGAAGGGGAGACUGGGGAAAGGGGGGGAUGGAUGGGGCGCAGUGCAGACUAUGCUUGUCUGUACAUAGGUUAACAAUCAACAUGUAGGGAACCCCUAACUCGUGCUCAACUAGCCCAGUGUAAUUAUUACAGAGGAUAUUGCUGAGCAACCGCGAUUUAUUUUAGCCAGUGCGCUAAAAAAAUAACAAUAAAUCUUAUACAGUACACCGGUUAUUGUAAUCGCUCAUAUCUAUUGGAAUGAAUAGGCUGCCAAAUUCAAUCAGAUUAGUAGCAUAUUUUGGUCAGAAAUUAACUGGAUUACAUAAAGGUAGACUAUAGCCAGGCGUUUGAAUUUUAACCAGACGUUUUGUUUGAUUCAGUGAGUAGUUUGAUAUAAAAUAAUGUAUUAUUCUGUCGCUGCAUUGCAAGCACGACGCAUAAUAAAUUAGUUUGUUUCAUUAUCAUAAAUUAUUUUAUCAUAUUGAAGGUUUAGUUUAGCUGACAUAAGCAAAAGUAACCUGUUUGAAACAGAAUAAAUGUUUAUUUAAUAAUAAUAAUGAAUGGUAUAAUGAUUAUAUCUCAUUCAAAUGCCCAUAUUGUACAGACCCGUAUUCUGCUGCAUGUAAUUUGGUCAGCAUCGUGCGCUCGUGUAGCCUAGCUCCCAGUCCAUUCAGAAGAUUAGGAGGGAGUGGUUUGAGUUUGCGCGUUUGGAAAGCAACAAGUGGCAUGUCAUUUGUUUCAAAGGAACUGCGGAACGUGGUGCUUGCGUCACUGCUCCAGCCAGGUGGCAUUCCAAGUGGGGAGAGGAGACGUGGAGGCACAAUCAACAUUUCAAAUCACAAACUAAGUCAGGAUGUGAAGCGCGUUUAAAGCGAAUUUCAUUCCUACAACCCAACACUGCACGUCACUGGCAUCAGAAGUCAGAAGACGAGUAGGAGAAGAGGGUUUCUUUUGUGUGGCAAAUUCACGGACUGAAAAGAAUUCCAAACGAAUAAUCUGGGGGAAAAGGACCAAGGCAAGGGACAUUAAACAUGUCUUCUGCACAAGUAUCUUCAUCACGGAGACAGUCAUGUUACCUGUGCGAUUUACCCCGUAUGCCAUGGGCUAUGAUUUGGGAUUUUACGGAGGCAGUGUGCAGGGGUUGUGUGAAUUAUGAAGGUGCGGAUCGGAUCGAGUUUGUUAUCGAAACUGCACGCCACCUCAAACGAGCUCAUGGUUUCCAAGGGGGGAGAUCCCCCGGUCCACCACCGCCGCCCACAGUCAAAACACAGUCGGCAAUAUCAGCCAAGGAGACGGUGCAAAUCAGCCAUGUGGACGGACCCUCCAAACAACAACAGUCGGGGAUGGACCGCUACUCUCUGAGUGCGGAAAGACCUCGCUUUGACUACUCCAGUAUUGGCGCCCAUGCCAGCAGACUUCCCAAUGGAAUGAGCGGUCCAAAUGGGUUCCCCAAACCGGACGAUGGUCCCCCAGAACUGAACCGACAGAGCCCGAACUCCCGUCGGAGCCACGGUCUCGCUGCGGUCCCAGGACAAAUGAACGUUCCCCCCAACCUUCUCCCACAGACCAUGUUGAAUGGACCCUCCUCGGCAACAACCAUAGCCCCGCAUAGCCUGUCCAGCCGCCCCCCUCCUCCAUCCAUUGUGGGACCCUCUUUGUCCAUGGCCGCUCAGUCCAUGUCAGAACAAGGUAAACGACCAGGUUCUGUGUCAAGCACUGACCAAGAGAGGGAUCUGAAAGAGAAACAGCGUAACGCAGAAGCUUUGGCUGAGCUCAGUGAAAGUUUAAGGAACAGAAACGAAGACUGGGGAAACAAACCCAAAAUAGUAAGGGACACUUUGGUUACUCUUUCGAACAGCUCCCCGUUUGAUGUGAGAUUUAAAAAGGAUCAUUCACUCGUGGGUAGGGUGUUUGCUUUCGAUGCAGUGUCAAAGCCUGGAAUGGACUAUGAAUUGAAAAUAUUUGUCGAAUACCCAAAUGGAUCUGGUAAUAUAUUUUCCAGCGCAUCAGGGGUGGCCAAACAAAUGUAUCAGGACUGCAUGAAAGACUUUGGCAGAGGGCUUUCCUCGGGCUUUAAAUAUUUGGAGUAUGAGAAAAAGCAUGGUUCGGGGGACUGGCGACUCCUGGGUGAUUUGUUGCCCGAAUCCGUCCGAUUCUUUAAAGAGGGGCUGGGGGUUGAAAUGUUGCCUCAGCCCUACAUCGAUGCCAGCUGCCCAUUGCUGCCCACUGCUUUGGUCAACAUCCCUCGUGCCUUGCCAUCUACGAGUGCACCGAGGACUGGCGUGCGUAAGCGUAAAGCCUCCCCAGAACCUGACUCUGCAGAGAGCGCGCUGAAACUAUCUGAACAGGAACAACAGAGGCAGCAGUGGAUGGCCAACCAGAGCGAGGCGUUAAAACUGACCAUGGCAUCCGGAUCAUUCGGUGCCUCACACGGGGGACCUCCGCCGCUUGGCCCUGGCCAUUCUGUUCACUCAAGUCGCGCCACACCCCCUGAAUCUGCGCCCCAGAAUGGACAGUCUCCAAUGGCCGCGCUCAUGUCUGUCGCGGACACGUUGGGCAAUGCGCACUCUCCGAAGGACAACAACUCUGUUCACUCUACAACAUCCACCAGGCAUAACAGCAGCAGCCCAGUCUCCCCAGCCUCUGUUUCUGGGCAGAGGCGUUUGGCUUCCCGUAACGGAGAGCUCAAUCUGGCCGGGACUCCGUCUCAGUCCAAUGCGCAUUCUGGCAUGGAUCAGGUCCACUCGCAAAACAUUCCAGAUUCUCCCAUGGCAAACAACGGACCUCUGUGUUGUACCAUUUGCCACGAACGUUUAGAGGAUACCCAUUUCGUUCAGUGUCCGUCAGUUCCCAACCAUAAAUUCUGUUUCCCUUGUUCUCGAGAGAGCAUCAAAGCGCAGGGAGCAACUGGCGAGGUGUAUUGUCCUAGCGGAGAGAAAUGCCCCCUGGUAGGUUCUAAUGUGCCUUGGGCGUUCAUGCAAGGUGAGAUAGCAACAAUAUUAGCUGGGGACGUUAAGGUAAAAAAGGAGCGAGACCCAUAGAUGUGAUCUAUGGCUUCCCAUAGAAACGUGAAUUUUAGUCGAAUAUAUACACGUGUGAUUACUCAAAACGGACAAAAAUAGUCGAUGUACAGAGACGUUCUCCACCUCAUGUCUGUUUUUUUUUAAACAAAGGAACAUGUGAUGUCAUGUCGCCUAAUGUUAUGGAGGGUGUGUUGACGGGUAGUAGUGUUGUAUUUGGGUGGCAGUGACGAGUUAAAGCACUAACUUUAUAAUCACUGCUGCAGUUUUAUUCCUUCCAAUUAAUGCACUUCUCUCAUUAUAAAAAGGCCAGUUUCUACUCCCAAUGAAUAUAUGUCUGUAAAAUUAAACUACUCAUCGUGAAUAUCCAAUAACAGGUUACAUUGCCCUAACUCCUGUAUUGGGUACGAAUCAAUAUGGGGAUUUUUUUCUUCUUCUCUUCCUUAUUUUAUUUCAUAUCUUUAAUUUUUUAUAUUUUUUACAGCAAAUAUCUCUUCAUCUUGUGAUCGAAAAUAUUUUUACUACGUGUUAUUCAUUUCUCUUCCAGUUUGUUUUGAUGAUGCACGGAUGCUUAAAAAGGUAGAGCAAAAUGCUGUACAUGAACGUAAACUGUUUGUUUAUACAUUUCUGUAGGUACAGAAGACUUGUAAUGUGCCUUGGAGCUGAGUAAAUUGUAAUAAAUUCCAUUGAUAUUAA